AGUGAGCAACAGUUAGCCGUGCGUAGUUCGCGACGUUUCGGUGUGAAAUAUUUGUUUUAAUUGUGUUGUUUGUAAAACUAAAGUGAAUUGUGAUAAUUGUUUGGUACUAUUUAAUACACUCUUUGAUAUUUUUAAUGUGUCGUGACAUUAGGAGGUGUAAACAUGACGCUUUGUACAGUACCUUCUGUUAGUACACCUCAAAUGAAACAACGAAGGCCGGGUCGGCCCCCUGGAAAAAGAGUUAAUUUAAAUAGGGAGAUGCCAGGAAAACUUAGAUCAGCGGUUAGACGUAGUUUGGAUCCUUGUGACAAUUCUAAUGAUAGCGGAUUAGGUUUUGAAAAUCACGUGGAUCCAAAUCAACAACAGAAUGUAUCUGAACGAUUAACGUGGAAUAGUGAAAGAGCGGAACCAAAAAGACCCAGGAUCGACAUGAAAUUGGAAUAUCAAGAAGAAAAUAAUAAUUAUAAUUUCCCAAAAGCUGUAAAGAGUUGUAAAGAUUCAAUUUCGUUAAUAAGAACAGCACCUGUAGGAUCAGUACCUUCAUUAAGCAUAACAAAUAAUGCCGCAAGUUCUUCGGGUAGAGCUGUACCUAGGUGUGUCCCACUUUCUAGUCGACAGUCCUCAUCUGCUCCAGUAGCAUUAACAACACAACUCACAGCAACGUCUGGAUUUAUGGAUGUAUCACUAACAAUUUUAAAACAACCUGAACAACAACACAGGGCUCGAUAUCAAACUGAGGGUAGUCGAGGAGCUGUAAAAGAUAGAGAUGGAAAUGGUUUCCCCAUUGUACAACUUCAAGGAUACUAUAAGCCAGCUAUUUUACAAGUUUUUAUUGGCACUGAUGUUGGAAAGGUUGCACCUCAUAUGUUUUACCAAGCCUGUAAAGUGAGUGGAAAAAAUUCAACACCUUGCAUAGAGAAAAAAAUUGAUGGUACCUGUGUAAUUGAGCUACAACUGGACCCUACAAAAGAAAUGAGUGCGACUUGUGAUUGUGUUGGUAUAUUAAAAGAACGAAAUGUUGAUGUGGAGCAUAGGUUUCCUGAACAAUUGGGAAAUAGAAGCAAAAAAAAAUCUACCAGAUGUAGAAUGAUAUUUCGAACCACAGUGGUUCUCAAUGAUGGCACUCAAGAAACUCUUCAAGUAUGUUCACAACCUAUUGUAUGCACACAACCUCCAGGUGUACCUGAAAUUUGUAAAAAGUCUCUUACAUCUUGUCCUGCGAACGGAGGAUUAGAACUAUUUGUUUUGGGAAAAAACUUUUUAAAAGACACAAAGGUUUAUUUUCAACAAUUUGAAGAUGGGCAUGUUAGAUGGGAAAAUAGCGUUGUCCCUGAUAAAGAAUAUUUACAACAGACACAUUUUGUUUGUGUAAUACCUCCGUAUCGUAGACCAGAUAUACUUGAACCAGUUUCGGUUCGGCUAUGUGUGGUUUCUAGCGGUAAAACGAGUGAAUCCCAUCAGUUUGUAUACACCCCAGUUACUGGGGUUUUGACAAGUGUUCACUCUGAGGCUACACAGGCUUCUCCUCAGGCAACAUUUUUUAAAGGAAUGUGGCAAACUUCUUUAAGUAAGAGAGAACAGGAUUUGGAUAUGAUGCCACCACCAGAAUCCAGUCUGGUACCUUUAUCCAAUCGUCGAUCAUCUAUUAGUAUUUCUUCUAAUGAAAUUCAUUCGCCCCCAAUACACAGUCUUAAACAAGAGUACAUUGAUGAAAGCAGUAAUAGUUCUAUAAUUGACUCAAUGGACAUACGACAUGAACGAUACAGACAUAUUUCAGAAAGUUCUCUGGAUGUCCACCAUGGCGAUUCCAACAUGUCCAUGAUAAAUGAUAAUUCUAUUGAUAUGGUGCAUCAUAGUUCAAUGAUGGCUAAUUCUUUAAAUGAUAAUUCUAAUUUAAGUAUUAAUGAUGACAGUGUUGAUACAAUUGUACGAAGGAACUCAUUAAGUAGACCAAUAUUAUCUACACUUGGAGACAACUCACUUGAUGUGAAUUCAAAUAUGUCCACAUUUAAUGAAGAUAGUUCUUGCAGUGCAGUUAUGCAAAGUAGCAAUUCAGUUGUUACAGAUAGACUUGUAUUGUCAGAACCUGUUAUUCAACAAAACCUAAUUAACACAACUGAAAAGGUUAUUGAUUUACGUAUGAAAAUGCCUGAUCUAAUGAAUUCCAACACUCCAUCAAUGGCAACACUGCAUAGAUUUGGAAUGAUAGAAAAUACAAAUAAUACUUUACCAACUCAGUCUGCUCAAAGUAUUGAAAAUUAUCUUACGAGAAUUGAGACCCCUAAAAAUUUACUUUCACUAAAUAACAUUCCGGAUUCAUCAAAUUUACAGAAAUCUUUAACCGAACAUUUUUCCAGUAACAAAUUAUUGUCUUCUCAAACAAGUAAUGUUUUAACAACUACCACUCAAGCCUUGCCCCAUUUCGUAAACAGAAAUUUAAACCGUCCUGUUUAUUUAUCAUCUGAACGCCAAUUUCUAACAAACUCAACACACCCUGAUACAUCGUGUUUAGUGUCAAAAAGUGAAGCGGCAGCUGUAGGAGAAAAUACUUUAAUAGAACAAACCACAACAAUCACUUCCACUACAUUAACAUCAGCUAUAGAUUCCGCCAUUCCAACACUAAUUAACACGGACAAAUUGGAUGCCCUUGUUAAUUCAACAGUGGAAUCUCACAUAGGAAGUCCUAACAAUACUAGUACUGUUUCAAACAAAUUGCCCGUAGUUUCUACAUCAUCCAAUAUUAUAAUUUCCUCUCAAGAUGUAAUGCUUAAUAAUCAAAACUCACUUUUGGUUCCUAAUAUUAUAAACCCUCAAAUGUCUUCCCCAGUUGAAGAGAUAAAUCCAACUUCCACUAUUCCUCCAGAAGUAAUUUUAAAUACACAAAUAUCCCCAAGUCUCAUGUGUCACAAUUCAAACUCUCUUUCUCAAGAUACGCUAUUACCCGCCAGAAUUUCAUCUGUAACCCAGCAAAGCUUGCUUUCUUCAACACCAGUUUCUACUAAUAAUACUUUGGUUCAACCAAUAGUCACUACAAGCUUGGGUCUUGCCACUGAAUCCGAAAAAGCUGUUUUGUUGGAAGCUGCUGUUGACUUUUUACAAACACAAAAAAAAAUCUGCGAAUUGGCUACAAUUACAAGUUCAAAAAGUGAUAUGUUAUCUAUAUCAUCGACAAUUCCAAACACAGUAACAACAAACGAAUCAAUAAGUCAAUUACAAGGAAAUGAUGAAAACAGUUUUGUGUCGUCUCAAUUCACCACUGCUCCAUCAAACAUGGUUUUAAGUAAAUCCGUUACUGAAGACUGUAAGUCAGAUUUUGGCAUACCAAUUUCAGUAAAAGAAAUUUCUAACACAGUUUCAAGUGAAAAGAAAAAUGAAGACCGUAUGAUUCCUCAAUCUUUUACCUCACUUACUGAAAAUGAAUUGAUCAACUUGAUAAAUCCAAGUUGUUUCGAUCAAGGUAAUGCUAAUUAUCAGUAAAGUAGUAUUUUGAUCAUUAAAGCACUUAUUUAACCAAUAUGUAGAAGUAUAAAUGUUUCAUUAUAAAAAAACACAUGUAUAUUGUAUAUAUUGUAUUAACAAUUAAACCCAAUAAAAUAUGAAUUCCAUGAUUGCCAUUUUUAAAUCAUUCUUCAUUAACAUCUUGAUGCAUAUAACCUUAACAAUAACAAUACCGGAUAACAAUAUUAACAAACAGUUAGUAAAUGAGUGUAUGUAUCUCAUUUCGUCGCCAUUUAAAAGGUAUAAAGUAACAAAUUUAAAACAGGAUAUAACAUAUUGAUUAAGGUAUUUAUUUUUAAAUCCUUAUAAAAUAAUAUUAUUAUAUUAAGGUUAUCCAUUUAAAU